AUGCGCCCCGGUGGGAGCCGGUUCGACGUGUCUUGGGUGCACACUGGCCGAAGGAGUGUGAGUAUGAGAAUGCCGAACAAGAUUGACGCGGUCAGACGGCUUAGGCAUGCGAUUUCUAGUUACUACGGAACACAUCUCCACGGCUGGAAAAACACCAGUCCGUCCUCCCCAACCUCCGCGACAUUGGCAACAUCCCCAUCGCGCCGCCAAGCAGCACAUCCUCGCCCUCGCCCUCGCCCUCGCGCCGUCGCGGCCCUGCAGACCCUCGGCGUCACGCACGUCUUCGACCUCCGCUCCGACGUCGAGGUCGCGCGCGCAGGAGGGCCCUCGGCCGCCGACGCCUGCUCGCAGUCGCCCCCGGCCCUGUCGCGCGUCCACGUCCCCGUCUUCCAGCGCGUCGACUACACGCCCGAGGCCAUCGCCCUGCGGUACCAGGACUACGCCGCCGUCGACACCACGGCCGGCUUCGUCUCGGCGUACCGCGGCAUCCUCAGCGCCGGCGGCCAGCGCGCCUUCGCCCCGGUCCUGCGGCACCUCGCGCAGGACGACCCCACGCCGUGCCUGGUGCACUGCACCGCCGGCAAGGACAGGACCGGCCUGCUCUGCGCCAUUGUGCUGUCGCUGUGCGGCGUCGACGACGACACCAUUGCCUGGGAGUACGGCCUGACCGAGGAGGGGCUGGCGCCGCUGAAGAAGGGCAUCAUGCAGCGCCUGAUGAGUGCCGAGGGGGUGACGGUUGACGAGGCCGGUGCGUGGAGGAUGCUGAGUUCCAUGCCCGAGAGCAUGCUUGCCACGCUCAAGGUCAUGAGGGAGCAGUACGGCUCCGUGGAGGAAUACGUUCUCAACGAGUGCCGAGUCUCGCCCGACGAAAUUGAGCGGCUGCGGCGGAAUUUCAUCGUCGAGUCGCAGAACGGUGUUCUGGAUGCCUCGCGUGCGGUAUUAUGA